CCCUCAUUGGAUGUCUACAUAUACCCAGCUAAGAGUGAGCUAUACUCAUCAUAUUCUCUCUCGUCACCAAAAAAACACCUCCCUCCCUCUCUCUCCCACGCACGCACUCGAGCUACAGUCUGUAGUGCUCAGCAUUCUUUUCUCCCCGGCCUCUCUCCCUCCUUCCCUCUCUCUGUCGUUCCCAUUAUUAACCAGAAGUUUUGAUUUCUGGCUGUUCUUGAACGAAAAAGCAAACAUAUAAUGGCAGAGGCACUGACUGAAGAACAGAUUGUUGAAUUUAGAGAAGCCUUUUGUCUCUUUGAUAAGGAUGGAGAUGGUUGCAUUACCCUUGAAGAAUUGGCCACGGUCAUUCGGUCAUUGGAUCAAAAUCCAACAGAAGAAGAACUUCAGGAUAUGAUUAGCGAAGUUGAUUCUGAUAGAAAUGGGACAAUAGAGUUUGCUGAGUUCUUAAGCUUGAUGGCCAAAAAAAUGAAGGAGACUGAUGCGGAGGAAGAGCUUAAGGAGGCGUUCAAGGUGUUUGACAAGGAUCAGAAUGGCUAUAUAUCAGCUAAUGAGUUGAGGCAUGUCAUGAUCAAUUUAGGUGAAAAGCUUACUGACGAGGAGGUGGAGCAGAUGAUUAAAGAAGCUGAUUUGGACGGUGAUGGUCAAGUUAAUUAUGACGAAUUUGUUAAAAUGAUGAUGAAUGUGGGGUAAAAAAUUCAGUCGAAUCAGAUUGAAGAAUGCCACGCUCAAAAUUCUUUGAUUUUCAUCUAAAUUCCUUCGUAAAUCAGCUUUCUCCCAUUCCAUUACCGUAUGUAUUUGUUGUUGUUGCAGCAGCAG